AUGGUGGAAAUAAAUGAAGAGGGCGACAAGAGAGGAGAAACCAGUUGGAGUUUCACGAGGAGAAGGACCACCCAACCUCCUAGGAUGAGGAUGGUUAGCCUCCAUUAAUGACCCACACCCCACAACUCCCACCUCCUCAAGGUUGCUGCAUCAUAUGGAAAGGCAGGACAAAACACAUGAGAAAUCUUCACACAUGUCCAUGGACUGCAUCAAGCUUUAUGAUCUUGAGAAAUUUAUCAAUACAGUUCUGGACAAGUCUCCAUUCUCAGCAUGUGAUUCGUCCUUGAGCCAGACAAUCCAUGUUGUAUCUUUCCUUUCUUUGUCACUGUUGUGUAUAAAGUCCCAGCCAUAACUGCUCUCCUCCACUCAACUACCUACCUUCCCCUUUCCAACCAAAGCAAGCAAAGCAUGCUCCUCUCGGGUGCAAAGUCCAGUUUUCAGGCCUUUUGUCUUGUUGGCUGCUUCCAUGGGGAAAGCAGUGGCUACAGCUUCUCCAGUGGCCUCCUGCCAUCUCUGGGGGCACAUAUCAACCAGUCAGUGAAGCUGAGGAGGUUCAUGAUAUCGCCUUUCGAUCCUCGUUACAGAGCAUGGCAGAUGUUCUUGAUUCUACUUGUCAUUUAUUCAGCCUGGAUUUGCCCAUUUGAAUUAGCUUUCCUGAGAUAUCUCCCGGCAAAGCUUUUAUGGAUUGAGAACAUUCUCAACAGUUUUUUCGCAAUUGAUAUAGUGCUUACCUUUUUUGUUGCUUGCCUCGAUCGAAAAUCAUAUGUCUUGAUUGAUGAUCCAAAGAGAAUCGCAGUCAGAUCAUACAGAUAUCUGUCCUCCUGGUUCGUCUUUGAUGUCUUAUCGACUGCUCCGUUUGAGGCAAUCAGCCUUCUGUUUAGAGGCAAUGGCAAUGAUCUCGGUUUCAAGAUACUGAACAUGUUGAGACUAUGGCGGCUGCGGCGAGUUAGUUCACUCUUCUCAAGGCUCGAGAAGGACAUCAGGUUCAACUAUUUCUUGACUCGAUGCACAAAGCUUGUGUUAGUAACUCUCUUUGCUGUGCAUUGUGCUGGAUGCUUCAAUUAUCUCAUUGCCGACCGAUACCCCGACCCGAGGAGGACAUGGAUAGGUGCCGCCAUGCCAAACUUUCGAUCGUCAAGUCUAUGGGUCAGAUAUGUGACCGCAAUUUACUGGUCCAUUACAACACUGACAACAACUGGUUAUGGGGACCUGCAUGCUGAAAACACAAGAGAAAUGCUAUUUGGCAUCUUCUACAUGUUGUUUAAUUUGGGGCUCACAGCUUAUCUUAUCGGAAAUAUGACAAACCUUGUUGUUCAUGGAACCAGCCGCACGCAACACUUUAGGGACACAAUUGAGGCAGCCACAGAAUUUGCAGCAAGGAAUCAGCUUCCGAAGCGGAUCAAGGAUCAAAUGUUGUCUCACAUAUGUCUAAGAUUCAAAACAGAAGGGCUAAAGCAGCAAGAGACCUUGAAUGAUCUCCCCAAGGGUAUCCGUUCGAGCAUAGCAUACAACCUCUUCUUUCCAAUUCUACGGCAAGCCUACCUUUUCUGUGGAGUUUCCUUCAAAUCCCUUAAUCAACUGGUAGUAGAGACUCAGGCCGAGUAUUUCCUGCCAGGGGAAGAUGUGAUACUACAAAAUGAGGCACCAACAGAUCUAUACAUAGUAGUAACAGGAGCAGUGGACUUGAGAUCAGACAUUAAUGGAACUGAACAAGUUUAUGGAAGGCUAGGACCAGGAGAAGUAUUUGGGGAGAUUGGGGUCCUGUGUUGUAGCCCGCAGACAUUUACUGCUCGAACCAUCGAAUUAUCACAAAUAUUAAGGCUGAGUAGCACCAUAGUUAUGAGCAUGAUCAAGGAGAAUGUAGACGAUGCGAACAUAGUUAUGAAGAAUCUUUUAGAGAAACUAAAACUACAAGGAUUAGCUGCUGGAGUUGAGGAGGAACAUGGUUCGUAUAGCGAAAACCAGAGCCUUGUUCCUAGUAAGGAGAGUAGUAACAUGGAGAUGCCUAGAAGAAGAGUUGUCCUCCGUAGGCUUUCGAGAAAGAUAAGAAGUUCAAAAGAAGACAUAGGGAAACUCAUAAACCUGCCUGAUUCUUUGGAGAACCUCUUCCAAAUUGCUAGUGAAAAGUUCACUGGCCAUCAUCCAAUAAAGGUACUCAAUCGAGACAAUGCAGAAGUCGACGACAUUAGAGUUAUUCGAGAUGGAGAUCAUUUGUUUCUCGCAGAGGAGGAAGAUGAAUGUGUUUGAUAAUAGGCAAGGUGAAGAUACCUGCUUCCUCACAGAAAAUAUAUACCACAGUUCUCAACUACACUGUCACCAACUGUAUCACUAACAACAAUGUGUAGUUUAGUAGAAAAUCAAUUAUUCAGAAUUAGAAUGAGAAAUUUAA